UGAGGGCUCUGGUUCUUUCCCCAGAUGGACCCCGAGUCUCCCCCCCGCGAGCUGGAGCUCUCGGCGCUCGAGGCCGAGAAGGAGCCGAUGGCCGCGGCCGAGCCGGGGACCCCCCCCCAGCCCCCCUCUCCCCACCGCGACCCCUCCCCGGCCCCGGAGCAGCGGCAGGGCGGCGAGAAGAACGGGCUGGUGAUGAAGAUCCCCCCCGAGGAGGAGGAGGAGGCGGCUCUGGGGGGCGCGGGGGCCUCGGGGAGCCCCAAAUUCACGGGGCUGGGCAAGGAGGAGCUGCUGAGGGAGGCGGGGACGCCGCUCUGGGCCCGGGCCCGCCUGGUGCUGCUCGUGCUCUUCUGGGGGGGCUGGCUCGGGAUGCUGGGGGCCGCUGCUGCCAUCGUGGCACAAGCCCCCCGAUGCCAGCCCCUGCCCGACAAGGCCUGGUGGGAGCUCGGGGCGCUCUACAGGGCCCCCCCCAAGGCCUUUGGGGGCGAUCUGAAAGGCGUGGAGAAACGUUUGGGGUACCUGAAGGACAAGCUGCAGGUGGGGGGGCUGGUGCUGGGCCCCGUGGCCCCCCAAAAACCCCCCGAGGGGCUCCUCCCCCCCCUGAAGGAGCUGGACCCAGCCCUGGGCACCAUCCAGGACUUCAAGGCUCUCCUGCAGGCGGCCAAGGACAAAGGGCUGAAGGUGAUCCUGGACCUGACCCCAAACCCCGCUGGGGAUCGGGUCUGGGGGGACGCGGCCGGCGACCCCACGGUGCACCAGCAGGUCCAGGCUGCCCUGAGCCAUUGGCUGAAGCCCUGGCCUUUCCCCCCAUUUUUGGGUUCCAGGGUGCUGGUGGGGGGCACUCGGCUGCAGGAGCCCUGGAAGGUUCCGGGGGUCCCGGGGGGGCUGCGGCUGCUCCUGGGGCCCUUCCUGAAGCCGCUGGAGCCCAGAGCCGGUGCCGAGUCGCCCGAGGGAGCCGUGAGGAGCCUGCUCCACUUCCUGGGCUCCAACUCCUCCGGCGUGGGGCUGGGCUGGAGCGUGGGGUCCCCGUGGGAGGCCUGGGUGAGCCCCGGGCUGAGGCUGCAGCAGCUGCUGCUGCUCUGGGGGCUCCCCGGGACCCCCGUGCUGAGCUACGGCGACGAGCUGGGGCUGCCGCGGCCCCCCAAGGACCAGCAGCUGCCAUCGAUGCCGUGGGAAAUCAUCGACGAACCGAAAAGAGGCGGGAACGGCUCCGAGCCCCCCGAGCUGGAGCUGUGCACGGCCCUGGCCUCCCUGCGUGCCCACGAGCGCUCGCUGCUGCUGGGGGAGGCUCUGGCGGUGCCGGCGGGCUCGGCCGUGGCGCUGCUGCGGCGCUGGGACCAGAGCGAGCGCUUCCUGCUGCUGCUCAACCCCCACGGCAGCGCCCUCAAACCCUUCUCGGGGGGCGGAGACCCCCGGGACCCCCCCCUGCCCGCCUCGGCCACGCUGCGCUUCAGCACGGGCCCCAGGGAGCGCGGGGAGCGGCAGCUGCGGCUGGAGGAGCUGCGGGUGGAGCCGGGCCAGGGGCUCCUGCUGGGCUUCCCCUACAGCCCCGAGUGACCCCCAGACCCCCCCGGCCCCCCAAACCCACCAGCCUUGCACCCCCUCCUUUCGGGGUGGGGGGGGGUCCCACGCUCAUCUCCCCUCGCUCGUUUUUUGGGUUCUCAUCCUGCUCCCCCUCAACCCAAAGGGUUUUUUGGGGUUUUCUUUCUUUCCCCAAUUCUGUUUUGGGGUUUUUUCUUUGUUUUCUGGGGGAGUUGGGGUCCCCCCCCCGCCUCAAAUUCUGAAUAAAUGAUUGCAUUUG